CAUUCCCGUCGGCUGCAGGGGCGUAGGUAAAGGGAGCUGGGGAGUACAGGCGGAAUUUGUCCUCUGCUCAGUUCUACAUGAUUUGGGAGGCGCGAUGGAACACGUACCUACGUCCUCAACCCGGAAGAAGGGAGAGAAAGUUUAACCCCGUCGCGCUAUCGGUAGCCACUUUGAUCACACGCCCUUCUGGGCCUGGGUGAGCCGGCCAGGGACGUCCUUGCGCCCCCUUAGCCUGCGGGCGGUUGGAGGCAGCGGCGGCUGCGCGCUGAGCAGCUUCCUGCAGUAGGGCUCGAGCCUGGUUGCCGCUGGGACCGCGGUGAUCACAGGCACUCAUACCACAAAGACCCCAGGGAAAUAGUUGAAAAUGGCCUAAGAUUCUGAAUCUGCAAGCUAGAUAAUUGACCCAUGAAAACCAGAUGGUAAGAAGGUCCACCUAAAAGCCAGUUGCCAGAAACUGGAAUGAUGCUGAGAAAGGUGAUAAGGCUGAUCUCCAAGAGCCAUAAGUUGGACCCAGGACACUUUCUGCAGGUGGGCACCCAGGCAUCACAAAGCAUUGCUGUCGGUCUGGAUGCCCAGGUUCCAGGUGAGAAAUCCAGAGCCAUUUCUCGAACUCAGGAGAAUGACCCAGCCAAGCAUGGGGAGCAGCACCUGUGUCAGCACUACACCAUUCCCCUGGAGGAACUAAAGACUGUUUUCCCACAUGGACUGCCCCCUCGUUUUGGAAUGCAGGUGAAGACCUUCAAUGAAGCCUGCCUGAUGGUACGGGAGCCAGCCCUAGAGCUCCUGAAUUACUUGAAAAAUACAAACUUUGCCAACCCUGCUAUCCGAUAUGUCCUCUAUGGUGAGAAGGGCACAGGAAAAACUCUCGCUCUUUGUCAUGCAGUUCAUUUCUGUGCAAAACAGAACUGGCUGAUAAUGCACGUUCCAGAUGCUCACUGUUGGGUGAAAAAUUGUCAGGAUCUUCUGCGGUCUACCUACAACAAAGAACGUUAUGAUCAACCCCUGAAAGCCUCAACCUGGCUAAAGAAUUUCAAAACCUCAAAUGAGCAGUUCCUGAACCAGAUCAAAAUCCAACAGAAGUACAUCUGGAACAAACGAGAUAGCAUAGAGGAGGGCAGACCCCUUGGAGAAGUAGUUGAGCAGGGCCUAAAUCGAGUGAAAAAUGCCAGUGAUGCUGUUGGGAUUGUGAUGAAAGAACUGAAGAGGCAAAGUUCUUCAGGUUCCUUCCGCCUUCUGGUGGCAGUGGAUAGUGUCAAUGCUCUAUGGGGGAGGACCACACUGAAAAAAGAAGACAAAAGCCUGGUUGCCCCAGAGGAGCUGACACUCAUUCAUAAUGUGAGGAAAAUGGUGACCAAUGAUUGGCAUGGAGGGGCUAUUGUGGUGAGUCUGAGCCAGACUGGCUCUCUCUUUAAACCCAGAGCUGCCUAUCUGCCCCAGGACUUGCUAGGAAAGGACGGUUUCGACAGCCUAGACCCCUUUGUUCCCAUCCAAGUUUACAAUUAUACCCCAAAAGAGUUUGAAAGUUGUAUUCAGUAUUAUUUGGAAAACAGGUGGCUUCAGCACGAAAAAGCUCACACAGAAGAAGGAAAAAAGGAGCUGCUCUUCCUUAGUAACUCAAAUCCCUGGCAGCUAGAACGGCUCUGUGCUUAUCUCUAAAUCAUGCCCAUCUCCAUCAGGCCUGGUGGUUGGAACCAGAAAGAAAUGUCUUCCUCCAGAGGCAGCCAAGUUCCUCUGUCUGAACAGAUCCCAGGGCUUGGAGUCCGAAGCAGGCCUCUAUCGCUCAGAGAAGAGUCUUCCCAAGGACAGCCAGACUUCCUGUCGAAGUGACUGCAACAGCUGAAGAUUCCAUCCCUGGUCUUGUCACUUGUGUCAAAAUGUGAACGAUGAACAUUGUUCUCAGAAGCAGGAUUCUAUCAUCCUUCCCUCUUAAAAAAAAUAAAAUAAAAUGCUUUUCUUAAAAGAAGAAUG